AUGAAGACCCAGAAGGCCCGAGGUGUUAAACAAACGUCGCCUUCCUGCCGACGGAAGUCUCGCUUCACCUUACGAGGCAGAAAGAAGAAGGACAGUGUGAUACAAGGCAAGCUUCGCAUCCGCUCCAUGCCCGGAGCCUUCCUGGUGCUGGGGGUCCUCGUAGUGGUCGUUGGCACCGCUCUUGCGGUGGCAGGUUACUGGCCCUACCGGAUAUCAAGGUCGUCCAUCCUGGAGGCUGCAGAAGGGGAGAGUAUUUCUGAGUCGCAGACUUCUAGUUGGAGUCUGGGAGCUAAGGGCCUCCUGUCCACAGCCAGCCUCAUUCACAGUGAACGGAUGAAGCUGCUGGGGCCUGUCAUCAUGGGGGUGGGACUCUUCAUCCUCAUUUGUGCCAACACUGUCCUGUAUGAGAACAGGGACAGGGAGACUCAGAUGCUGCUGGCUCAGAUGCGCAGCGUUAUCUGCUCUGUGUCUGCAGCUGUGCCCUCAGCAGACCUUAAAGAAAUAGCAGCGGCCAACUCGAUGGCCAAACACUACCAGUGGGUGAGCAGUUUACCAGCUGCCCACCUCAACAUCCUCUGUCUGCAGCAGCUGGCCAGCUCUGAGCCACUGCUCCAGACCAGACAACCCACAGACCACGAGGAGAGCGUGGAGGGCAUCUACCAGCAAGCUGUUCUCCAGACAGAAGCCCUCCACCACCAGAAAUCAGAGCCUCCGCCUUCCCUCUGCUCCUCGCACUCCAGUUCAUGUAACUCCAGUCAGACAGACUUCAUCACACAGCCGGGUGCUGAGCACAGGGGCAAAGCCAGCUUCAUUAUGCAGCCUGUCCCAUUCGUCAAGCUCAACAGCAGCCUGGUGUCUGCCAGUUCCAUGUCCACCCUGGGGGUGGACGAGGUGGAUACCCCAGCCGCCCAGCCGAGGCGCUGCCACAGCAUGAGCUACAGGACUAAACCUUACGUAGCCCAAACCGGUGUGUGUCUGGAGGAAGGACUCCACAAACCUGGAAAGGAGGGUCAAGUAAAUCCGCUAAUAGUCGCGAGGAGAGAGGCUGGUUCACAGGUUUGCGUGGACAUCUUGGGGCAGACUGUGGAAGCCAUUGAGGAGCAGACUCACCGAAGCUGGCCUCGGCUCGACCUGGGCAGCGGAAGACGAUACCUGAAACUAGAAAACAAAGAGGACUCGGUGGAUAAACUGCUGGACCAGUUAGAGCAGCAGUGUUCUCAGUGGGAUAAGAGUUUUGGCUCUGGGCCUUUUCAGUGAUGGUUGGAUUAAAACAACUGCACUAUAUAUUUUUGGUUUGAAAUUUUACGUGAGGUGGAGAGGAACUGAGCCCUGGAUCGUUUGGAGUACAGUAUUUCUCACAAGGAUCUUCCAAAACUUGAGCUUGUUUUCAGUCUCCAGUGGAAUAUUGACACACAGGGAUUGUGGUUUUUGCUCAGCAGGAUUUAGCAGACGUUUAUAUAAUUGAAAGAGAAUGAACUAUAUGCAGAUCCUGCGCUGUCAGAGAUGGGCAAAGCAAUUGGACACACUGUUUUACUUGGGCUUUACUUGGCAAGAAAUGAACCUGGAUCUCAGUGCCAAAAUGCCUAUUUGCCUAUUAUUUCCAGGACACUGCCUGCACAAUCCAAAUGAAGAAGAGAUAUCAAGGGUGCAGGAGGAUGGAGGACUGUGUUCAAUGUGCAAUCAGUAUUAUUU